GCCGGACGCACGCUCGGGGGGGUGGCGGGCGAGCGAACCGGACCCCCGCGCGGGCCGCCCCCCUGCCCCCCCGCCCCCCGGCGCCGGGCACCUGUGGCCGCCGCCGGAACCCGGCCGGACCCGGGCUGCCCCCGGCUCACCCGAGGCCGGUGUCGCCCGGCCCCCGCCGACCUCGGACCAGACCCCCGGCGCCCAGCCUCCUCCCCGCCCCCUUCCCCCGGGACGGGUGCCCGACACCAACUUCUGCUCGCGAACUCCGUUCUGCCCCUUUCUUGGCCCAGGGCGACCUCGGCAGCCCUGACAGCGACAGGCCCGCCGCCGCAGUGCCCAGAAAGGCCCCCGGGUGGCCCGGCGCCUCCCCGGCUCUUUCUGGAUGGAGGCGCCUCAGGAAGGAGCCGGCUGACGAUUUGGCCUUGGCUGCCCAGCCCCUGCUGACCAUGAACACACCUCCCCUAGUGCAGAGGCCGCGGUGAGGGGCAGGAAAUGCUGCGCCAGCACAGCUGGCUCCCUGGGGUCUUGGUCUGAGCGCUAGGAUGGAGCUGGGGCCAGCGACUGAGACCUUCGUGCUGGAGCUUCGGUGUCUCGAAGAUGGGGGCCCUGGGCCUGGCACCCUCUCAGGUGGCAGCGGUGGGAGUGAGAGUCAGGAGGAAGAAGAGGCUCAGGAGAACGGCAGCCCACCGCGGCCAACAAGCUCAGCCCCGACGGGGGCCAGUGAAAUGGCUGAGGAAGCACAGCAGGGGCAGCCGGAGUUGCAACCACAACAGUCACAACAGCAACCAGCGCUGCAACAACAGCCACGGCAGGAGCGGCGACCGCAAAGCCGAUCCCCAAGACAGCAGCAACAGCGGCAAGCUGACCGAGAAUGGCUGCCUCAACAAGAGAAGCACCUGCAGGAAAACCCCCAACCUGUGCCACCUCAGCAGCUGAAACCACAGCUGCCGCCGAUGCCGCCGCAGGAACAAUCAGAGGAGCAGCAAGUGCCAGAGCAACACCUGUUGCAGCCACAGCAGAAACCGUUACCAGAGCACCAACAGUUACAGAAGCAGCAGCCACAGAAGCAGUUAAGGCAGCAGGAACCGUGGCAGCAGGAGCAGCAGCAGCAGGGACAGUCAGGGCAGCAGCAGGAGGAGGAACAAUUUCAGCAACAGCAGCAGCAGCAGCAGCAGCAGCAGGAACUGUUACAACAGCAGCACCUGCAGCAGCAACAGUUACAGCAGCAGGAACAGUUACAGCAGCAGCAGCAACAGCAGCAGGAACUGUUACUGCAGCAGCAACAGUUACAGCAGCAGGAACAGUUACAGCAGCAGCAGCAACAGCAGCAGGAACUGUUACAACAGCAGCACCUGCAGCAGCAACAGUUACAGCAGCAGCAGCAGCAGCAGGAACUGUUACAACAGCAACACCUGCAACAGCAACAGUUACAGCAGCAGCAGAAGGCGGAACAGUUACAGCAGCAGCACCUGCAGCAGCAACAGUUACAGCAGCAGCAGCAGGAACUGUUACAGCAGCAGCUGUUGCAGCAGCAACAGUUACAGCAGCAGCAGCCGCCGCAACAGCUGCAGCAACAGGAACAGCUACAACAGCAGCAGCAGCCCCCUCUGCUGGAGCCAGACGAGGAGGAAGAGGUAGAGCUGGAGCUCAUGCCAGUUGACCUGGGGUCGGAUCAGGAACUGGAGAGGCAGCGGCAGGAGCUGGAGAGACAACAGGAACAGCGGCAGCUGCAGCUCAAACUGCAGGAGCAGCUGCAGCAGCUGGAGCAGCAGCUGGAGCAGCAGCAGCAGCAGCUGGAGCAGCAGCAGCUGGAGCAGCAGCAGGAGGUGCGGCUGGAGCUGACCCCGGUGGAGCUGGGAGCCCAGCAGCAGGAGGUGCGGCUGGAGCUGACCCCCGUGCAGCCGGAGCUGCAGCUGGAGCUGGUGCCCGCCGCAGGGGGCGGCGGGGCUUCGGCCCCGGGGGCUCCAGCCGCCGUCGUGGUGGCCCCCCCGGGCUACGUGGUGCUGCAGGAGCUCAUGGUGCUGCCGGCCGUGGCCGCGCCGGCGGUGGUGGCCAUCCCGGGCCCCGCGGGCAGCGCCGCCCUGACCCCGGCCAGGCAGCGGCGGCGGCGGCGCGCCCGGGACCGGCCGACCAUCUGCGGGGAGUGCGGCAAGGGCUUCAGCCGCAGCACGGACCUGGUGCGGCACCAGGCCACGCACACGGGCGAGCGGCCGCACCGCUGCGGCGAGUGCGGGAAGGGCUUCUCGCAGCACUCCAACCUAGUGACGCACCAGCGCAUCCACACGGGCGAGAAGCCCUACGCCUGCUCCUACUGCGCCAAGCGCUUCAGCGAGAGCUCGGCGCUCGUGCAGCACCAGCGCACGCACACGGGCGAGCGGCCCUACGCCUGCGGCGACUGCGGCAAGCGCUUCAGCGUCUCGUCCAACCUGUUGCGCCACCGGCGCACGCACUCGGGCGAGCGGCCCUACGUCUGCGAGGACUGCGGCGAGCGCUUCCGGCACAAGGUGCAGAUCCGCCGCCACGAGCGCCAGCUGCACGGCGCCGGCCGAUCGCGGGGCCUGGGCCUGCUCCGCAGCACGCGCGCGGCCACCGGCGGCCCCGCGCGCCCCGAGCAGGCGGCGGGGGCCGCGGACAAGGCGCCGUGACCGUGGCCGGCGGGGAGGGGGUGGGUGACGGGGGGGGGGGGGGGAGCCGGGGUCGGUGAGGGCGCAGGUUCCUCCCGCCCUGUCCCGUGGUGUGCGCGCACCUCCUGGAAGCCGGCUGCGGAAGGGCUCCCGGCUCUGUCCCUGGUUAGCUGAGGGUAGGCCAUGGUUACGCACGGACCCUCGGAAAGGCUCCUCGAGAAAAGCCGCUGGGGCCAAAGGGCACAGGUGUGGCACACCAGGACAGACAGCACGCCGCACAAAUUCGUUGUUGGGUACCGGUCCGUGAGGAGUCCGCUAGAGCCCUUCCCCCAGAAAACUGGACUUUCUUGAAGUGACAGCCACAGGAAAAAAAAAAAAAAACUGCCAGUGACAUGUGUGACAGUUGGUGACAUUUGACACGCAUCGAACGCUAACCCGGGAGUCGGAUACCUGUGGCGAAACGCACACGAAUAGGAUUUGAUCCUGGUGAAAAUGACUUCGAGAAAAAGAAAUGGGGGAGAAAGGAAAGUUAUCUGCACUUUGUAGAAAACCAUCAAGGCAUUAGAUUGUCCUCAAUGGCGUUUGCCUUGAAAGUACUUUCUAGAAUGAAAAUUCAUCAGGGUGGAUGUAAUCCUGAUUAAAAUGUUUGUGUUCAUAAGCACAGGGUCAGAGUGUCCACUGGGUUAGUGCACAAAUGCCAGGAAGCCCUUCUCUGGGCGGAAGGUAAAACCUCCCUCCAGGUUAACCCAGGGUUCCAGCAAGCGGUAGCCCUCCAUGCUGCCAAGUCCCCAUGCCCACGGUGGCCUGUCAGUGACCUCUUGAAUAGGAGCCUGCGGCUGAAGCAGAGGGCAUUCUGGGAAUGCUCUCCAAGGUCCAGGGGAGUGUUCCCCUUGGGGAAAGAGCUCCAAGGUAGCCCCACCCUGACCUCCCUGGGAUCCAGCCGCUUUAGGCUUCUCAGAUGCUGGCCCAGGGACUGAGGCUAUGGGGUUGGGGCCCUGAGACCCAGGGGCAGGGUUUUCCUGGGCCCGGCUAUGCAGGGGGCUGGCUCGAGAAGACCCUGCCUCGUGGCUGCAGUGGUGGGGAUGGCUGCGGAGGUGGGGGGCAGGGGGAGUCGGAGAAGUUGGGGGACGAAGUUUGGAAGCAACAGAAGUGCUCUCUACAACGUUUACAAAACCAUCUGGGGGUCUGUAAGAGCAUCGGCAAUGCCCACGCCUGCGGAAGGCGGAUGGUGGAGGCGCCCCGCCCCUUCUGCCCCCAAGUGCUUCCUGCUCUUGACCACCACCUUCCCCACCCCCCACCCCCACCCCCACCCCCACCCCUGUGUGCAGCUGCUUAGAUCCCUCACCUCUCUUUGCUCCCUGCUUCUCCUUUACUAACACAGCCUGCUACAUUUUACGAAUGUGUUGGUAAGUGAGAAACAAAAAUUGAAGAAUAAAUUAAAAUGAAGAAA